GUAUGUCUCACGCAAAGCUCAUCCAGGAGACUAUUGGGAAACGUUCUGCCACAGUUCGGCCAUUAUUUUUUCACCCGAUCUGUUCCCGAGAUUAAUCGCUCAAAUCGAGAAAAAAGAGUUUUACACAUCGGUGGAUGACGCUUUCAUCACCGGACAAAUCGCCAGUGAGAUUGGGGGAAUCAAGAGAGACUUUCGACUGUAUGGGAAAAGGUAUCUUCUCAACGGUCAACCGGGAUGGGAAGCGCUAAUUGACGUGCCAAUGAUCACUGGGAAAGUUGUUUUUGGUGAAUACGUGACUUCAACACAAAUGAAACGAAUCUUUAACGAGUUAACGAUUUUACGAGGAAAUGUCACCGAUCCACCUGAUCAUUUUCCACAAUCCGUCAAGCAAGGACCAAUCAAUGAAGAU